AACCGUUAGAAUGUAUUAUUUACAUGCAAGUAUCAUAUGUAAAAUUAUGCUGUCUGUCAAUUGGAAAGCUCCAAUGUUACCAUAAUACCAUUACCGGCGUAAUUGGCGUCUGCGCUGUGCCGUUAAGUGCACGUGUUCUGCUCCAAUCAGCCGUAAAAUGUUUGUAAACAAGUAAUUGCCAUUGUUGAAAAAUAUCAAAACAAGUCCUGCGCACUGGGAGCUAGCAGACGGCAACAAGUUGUUGGAAAUUUUCCAAUUCCAGGAAUUUCGCAUAAACUCAACACAAUCUAUGGAGCUUUCAACACAGUCUCAAGGCUUUUUAAGCUACGACGAUUUUCAUGGACUUGAAAUUUUAUCAGUUGCUGUGCAGACCUGGAGUUGUGAAGACAUCAAAUCGGAAAAAACCAAAGUGUGGAAAAUUUCUUGUAUAUAUAAAGGCAUUUUAGGUUAAUGCUGAAGUUCAAUGAGAUUGAAAAAUGUACUGCAAGUCAUUUAAACGUUCAGAAAAUAUAUAAAUCUCUAGCGUCUGCAGGAAGAGUGUACAAAUUAAUAGCGUAAAAAGAAAAUUACAUUUGCAUGUAUGCGGAGAAGUGUUAAUUUUGCAAAGUAAUUAAAAGCAAAAGCGUGUAAUUAUGCAGUGUAACUAGGUUUCUAAUUAAGUGAAAGUAAUUUUUCAUCAAGUGAAUUGUGGAAGUACGUUGAAAAUGUCACCAUUUUGGCUAGAAAACGCUGUUGAACACGAAAACUCGCUAAAACAUAGACAAACUAAUAGUCACACUUAAGGCAACAAAAAGAUAUCAACUUCAGUCCACACAACCUGUGCAGUCUCCUCUAUUGCCUGUGUUUAAGCCAGAGCAACAAUUGCAAGAAGACAAUAAAUUUAGGUAAAAACGUGUAAAAUGGCUGAGCAACAAAAACUAUCGCUUUGCCCACGUCUGGUAGACUACAUGGCGAUUGUGGGUGCACGCACUACUCCGCCCAUGCCAAAAGGAUUGACUGGCAAUAAAACGCCACCUGUGCAGAUACCGGAAUUGUUGCGUCGCUAUCCGCCCUCCGAUCAUAGCGACUUUCCACUACCCCUCGAUAUGGUAUACUUUUGUCAACCAGAAGGCUGCACCAGUGUAGGACCGCGUCGCACUGGUUCGGCUAUACGAGAUAUGACCUCCUUUGUGUUUGCGCUUACCGAUAAAGAUUCGGGCAAGACCCGUUAUGGCAUAUGUGUUAACUUUUAUCGCCCUAUUGAACGGCAUACAGCGAAUGUGGAGCGAGGAGCUAUGGGAGGCAACCACGGUGCCGGUGGGCUCGGACAAAGCACAAGAGGUCGUCGGAGUUCGGCCUUCCGACGCGAGUCCUGGCGUAAGAGUAUGGAGCGUAGUUCGGACUCCGCAUUUAGUAGUUACGGCCUCUUAACUUCUUCUAGCGACUACAGAAGUAACGUCGCUCCAAGUGAUUCGGAUCGUGAAAUGACAUCGCGACGUGAUUCGGAUACGCCGAAUCAGCAUCACUUAGCGCAUGGCGCACACGGACAUAUGUCCCAACAACAACAGCAGCAACAAAGUCAUCCGCAGCAGGUGCCCAAACUGGGUUUGAUGGCACCAUCAGCAGACUCAGAAUCGGGCGGCAGCCAUUCGCCGUCGCCACGUGCCUCACGCAAGCGCACGAAGCUACGCAAUCAAUCGCUCACCUCGCUGUGCAUCAUCUCACAUCAUCCGUUCUUCUCCACAUUCCGCGAGUGCUUAUUCAUAUUAAAGAAACUGAUCGAUGCCUGCAAUGAGUCGUCAUCGCCCAAGCGUUUGGGCGCCUCGCAAAAGCAAAAUCGUGACAAUGUGUGGACGGUGCUCACUGGUCAUGCCAGCGCCGAAGCUACUUCGUCCAUAGUGUUGCACGAUGUGCGCGAGAUUGAGACAUGGAUCUUGCGCUUGCUCUCCACACCAGUACCUGUACCGGGCUCUACACGCGUUGAGGUUGAGGUGCUCUCACCCACCGUGCAUGAGCCGCUGCUAUUCGCAUUGCCAGAUCACACACGUUUCUCGCUUGUCGACUUUCCAUUGCAUUUGCCGCUUGAGUUGCUGGGCGUAGAGACGUGUCUGAAGGUCUGGACUUUGAUAAUGCUGGAAAAUAAAGUGCUAUUUCAGUCACGUGAUUAUAAUGCGCUCUCCAUGUCGGUAAUGGCAUUCGUCACAAUGCUCUAUCCAUUGGAGUAUAUGUUCCCGGUGAUACCGUUACUGCCGACAUGUUUGAGUUGCGCCGAACAAUUGUUGCUGGCACCAACACCAUUCGUGAUCGGUGUACCGGCCACAUUUCUCAUGUACAAAAAGAAUUUCCGCUUACCGGAUGACAUCUGGGUUGUGGACUUGGAUUCAACAAAACUAUCACCGCCAACUGGCGGUUAUGAAGAAAUACCAGUUUUGCCAGAGCCUGAGGGCACCAUACUCAAGAAUCACUUGAAACAAGCUAUGCAACUUAUGGAUGAAGCUGGACUCGGUGCGCUAUCUUCUAUGUCGGCGUCCAAUCAGGCGAUUUCAGCACAACAGCUUAUGCCGUCGGUACGUGACAGUCUUACAGAGCCGACUUUACUGGGUGUCUCCCAAGUACGCUUGCCAUUACAAUCGCCCACACAGUCAGCGUAUGCCAGCCAACGCAGCUCGAUGUCAGCACAAGGUGGGCACUCGAGGCAGCCCAGCCCAAUGAACUCACCUGCAUUGAAUCCAUUCAUUUAUGGCACGGAUGUUGAUUCCGUUGACGUCGCCACACGUGUCGCAAUGGUACGGUUUUUCAACGCGCAAAAUACUCUAGCCAACUUUGCCGAGCAUACUCGCACAUUACGUCUUUAUCCACGCCCGGUGGUCGCCUUCCAAAUCAACAGUUUCCUACGUUCACGUCCACGUGCCACACAGUUCCUUAAUCAGUUUGCACGUACACAAGCUGUAGAGUUCCUCGCCGAGUGGUCAUUGACACCCACUAAUGUGGCCUUCUUGCGCGUACAAACGGGCGUAAUGGAUCCAGCUCAGGUUGGCGAUAAACCCAAAUGGUUUGCACAUCAGUUAACGCCAAUACGGUUUUCUGUUUGGGAUGAUGGAAGUUCACUCAACGGUGCACUACGUUCAUUGAAGCAAUUGGAAUGUCAGCCAACCGAUGAAAGUGGUUCCGACUCAGAAGGUGCAGAGAGUUCAAGUUCCUCUUAUUCAUCGCUUAGUGACUUUGUCUCUGAAAUGGUAUCAUCCGACCUAUCGCCCAGUAUACAUGAUGUUUUCGGUGCUCAUAAUCGACCACAUAAUGUGCCACAAACGCUUUCAUCAAAUCUAGAUCCCGCAUUGGUUUACCAUCCCCCUAGAACCCUGCAGUAUCCUGAAAGCAUGUCAAAGAAAAUCGAAAUUAACGAAGACGACGAAGCUGAACGCGCUGAAUCACCACUUUCAUCAUCAUCCAGCCGUUCUGAUUUAAGUUCGCCCAGUCGCGAUUCAGAAUUCGAAUUUCCAACUAAAUCCGCAACUGGUCCCUUCGAUUUAGCAGCGCCAGCGGCCAUACGUCUGGAGGCAACAUUGCGGGCUGCGAGUAUUGAUAAUGAAGCGCCCGAAACGGGUGAACCAAGAAAAUCGCCGAUAUCCGCACAUAAACAACAACCACAACAUCACCAGCAACAGCAGCAGCGUCACGCUGGCGAGCCAGAUCACACAGGUGUUGAGAAGAAGCGUCCGCCACCGAUAACACCGCCAGUGUCCAAUAUACUCGCACGCACCGGUAGUUCUGGUUCAAGCUCGAGUAGUCCUGGCAGACAGGGUUCUCAGGGUUCACUUUUUGAAAAUUUCGCUUCGCACGCCAAAGAGCUAGUGCGCGAGACAACGCGGCAAAGUAGUCAAGAGGGUCUCCUUGCUCAGGUGGACAAAUUUACUUUGCACGCCAAGAAAGCUGCCGGCGAAGCAUCCAAGCAAGCCUUAGAGGUCUCCAAGCAGGCCGCUGGCGUCAGUAAGCAUACCUUCGAUGACUUGACCUAUGUCAGCAAGUCAACGAUUGGCGAUCUAACGAAGACAGCCAAAGAAGCUGCUACCAAAAAAGGUAUAAUAAAACUGGAUGAACAACAACACAUAGGGGGACAACAACAAAUCGCUACACAGAAGCAAAUGCAGAGUUCCGGUGGCAACUUCUUCUCAUCCAUAGGAACCGACUUCAAUGGUCUGGCCUCAUCGACAUCCACCAUGUUUUCGGGCAUGUUCGGUGGCAAGAAAAAUCAACAAAAACAGCAACAGCAGGCGCAUCCACAAUAUAGCAGCGGUAGCUUGCAGCAAAAAGCCAAGUCUGGCAUUAACUUCGAUCCAUUUCCCAGCCGCAAAGGUCUAGUAGAACGCACACCACUUAUCAAACAUUCCGGUCCGGGACAAACUCAGGAAGACAUUACGCGCCAGCAAAAUCAGGAGCGUUCACACAGCAAUACGGAGAAUCAAGCUUUCCUGAAGGAUGUCAUCACACAGGUUUUGGCCGGCGAAGGUGUUGGUUGGCUGAAGAUGAAUCGUUUCAAAAAGCUCAUGGAAGAUGAGUCAUAUCGCACACUGGUGCUUGGUAAACUCAACAAGACGCUGGACAAGAAAAUCAUGCCCGAUGAUCAUAUAGACGAUGUGUGCGUGCCAAAAUCGGUGUGGAAAGGUAUGCUAAAAUGCUUGCAAGCGUUGACUGCUGGUUUUGAGGUGACUUUCUCGAACUUCGGUCUUGGCGGCAUGGCAUCGGUGUUUCAGAUGAUGGAAAUCGCGCACACACACUACUGGAGCAAGGAGCUUAAUGAGACGACCGAUAUGUCUUCAAGCCUCUUAUCCAGUCAUGCUACCAGUCCUAUGGGUAGUCGUGAGAAUUUGCGUUCACCCUCUAGUCCCAUGGAAUCGCAUUCUGGUCUGGGCAGUGAGUGGGCAUCACCGCAAGAGUCCCGUAAAAGUUCUUCGCAAACUGAUCGUGCCGGUCCAAUGAUUAAUACAGCCGCAACAUCGGCGGCGGCCAGACGUAUGUCAUCGACCGACAGUCAAGAUGGACAGUCGACAACGGAAAUGUUUAAGGAUAUGUUGGUGCAAAAGCGUACAGCGCUGUUGAGCAAACUCACCUCGUUUGACUCAGACGGUGCCGGUUCGACAGGUGCUCUAUCUGUUGUUAGUGACCUACUACCAGCUGGUAGUUUGAGUGUACGUAUGCCCGCUAGUUGUCGUUCAACGGUAUCCGAUACCGAGUAUGAAAAUACUACAACAUCGAAGGAUUCGAAACGCAGCUCGGGCAACAUUUGGUCUGGCAAAUCGACGCUCAGUGCCGGUUUUCGUUAUACAGGCGGACAUCUAAUCAAUACAUCUUCCUCACCGUCACCGGAUAGUCCAAGAGUAUACUUGUUCGAAGGUUUAAUCGGACGUGAUCGUUCGAAUUUGUGGAAUCAAAUGCAAUUCUGGGAGGAUGCUUUCUUGGAUGCCGUGAGCCAAGAGCGUGAUAUGAUUGGCAUGGAUCAGGGACCCAUUGAAAUGAUGGAACGCUACAAAUCCCUCAGCGACGAGGAGCGCAAACGUUUGGAACACGACGAAGAUCGUCUACUAUCAACAAUGCUAUACAAUCUCACCGCCAUACUUGUAAUGCUUGGCGUGCAAAAGGAGGAGAUACGACGCAAAAUCCGACGCCUUUUGGGUAAAAGUCACAUUGGUCUAGUUUAUUCGACCGAAGUGCACAAUGUCGUAGACCAAAUAAAUAAUCUCAAUGGCAAUGACAUCGAUCUGAAACCGCUCGGUUCGAGACUGCUGCAUCGUCAGAGUUUCACCGUACAUCCCGGUUCAGAUGCCAGCGGACCGCUGCUCUUUAUGGAGGUGCGUGACGAUGGUCUCGUAGUGCGCUCUGUAGAUGGCACUAUUGUCGAACGCUGGUUCUAUGAGCGUCUAGUUAACAUGACAUAUUCGCCAAAAACUAAAGUACUCUGCCUCUGGCGCCGCAAUGGCGGACAGAUACAGCUCAAUCGGUUUUAUACGCGCAAGUGCAGAGAAUUGUAUAACAGUAUCAAGGAGUCCAUGGAACGCAGCGGCACGCCAAAGAAUGUGCCGGAAUUGGGUGGUGAGUUCCCGGUGCAGGAUAUGAACACCGGCGAGGGUGGCCUCUUGCAGGUGUGCUUAGAGGGUGUUGGUUUGUUGUUUUCCAACAGCAAGUUUUUCGUGCGUCUGGAUCACAUACGAAAGUGCUUCACGCAGAUGGGCGGCAUUUUCGUGCUGGAAGAAUACAAUCCUAAAACACGGCACCUUAUUCAACGAAGAUAUAAAUCUAAAUUGGCUGACCAGAUUUGCUAUGCGGUCUUGUGUGUUUUCUCUUAUGUCGCUGCCGGGCAGGAGCAGAAGAAGAAUCCCGUUGUUAUCACACCACAAAUACAGGAUAUACACGCACAGCAAAAACAACAGAACGCACAACAGCAAAAGCAAUUACAACAACAACAACAUCAGCAGCAGCAGCAGCAACCACACCCAAGCAGCAGCGGUGCUACAAGUCCACGCGCUAUGGCGCCACAAGCGUCGAUGUCCAAGCAAACGGCCGCGGCAGCAACAACAGCCAACAACAAAUCGCCAUCAUUACCCGCAACACAUUUACCACCACAACAGGGCUCUGGUAAGAAUUCAACCAUCACCAUACGUCACACGAUGCCAAUGCAGAAGCCAACAGUGACAACGGCCACGGUGCAGCCGCAUGCGAAGUUACCGCACGCCUCGUACGUCUCGCCGGCCACAAUCACCGCCGCACCCAUGCCAACAACGAGUGCGAUAAGCAGCGCAAUACACCAACAGCAACAACCCUAUCAACAAGUGUCACCCAUUUCACCAUUGCAACAGCACGCACAUCAAUCGCCACAGCAACACCAAACAACGCCCCCCACUCACCAUGUGCCCUGCCACAGUCCAGUUAGUCGCACGAGCAGCAGCGGCAGCACAGCUGGCCCCCUACCACAGUUACCGCCGCGCGUGCCCUCGCAAACCUCCACUGAAAGUCUGCACUCCUCACCGCCAAUCGGCAAGACGCGCGCAGGUCCACCAGCCGGUCCACCGCCCGCCAUACCGCCACGUACUGGCGCCAUGGCACGCGCUGGCUCAUUGCAAGUACAUUCCUCAGCGGCAGCGGCGGCAACGUCCUCAGCCGCCAGCAACGCGCUGACGGGCGCACGUAAUUUUGUGCGCCAAAUUUCAGCGAGUUCAACGCCACCACAGUACACGCCCCAACCACCGCCGCCCUUCGUUAUACCCAAGCGACGCACCUCGUUGUCGCGUGCCUCGUCGGUGGCGUGUACGGGUUCGGCAGGUGUACAUCCAGCGGGUUCAGUGGGCGCUGGAAGCGGUCAGCGACCUUCAUAUGGCAGCGUGAACAUGGGUAUGUCCCAACAGCACCACCAACAACAACCGCAAUAUUCUUACCAGUCACAACAACCACAACCACAACAGCAGCAACAAUCGCCAGGUGCCAGCGGCGCCAACAAACACUGACGAAGGAGUUCGUUCUUUCGUUUUAGCGGCAGCAGCGGCGGCGGUGGCGGUCAUGCGGGUGUUGAACCACAGCCACGCGAGGUCUGUCGCACCAUUUGUAUUCCAUGGCUCUGAAAAAGUAAUGCAGAAAG